AUGCCCUCCUGGCCCAGCCAACUGGAGUGCCUCCACCAUAACUGCACCUGGGAGGAGACCAACAAUACCAUAAGCAAAGCUGACCCUUCCCCGCCCCCUCUCAAUUAUUAUUCAAUUCCUCUCCUAACGGCCAUCACCGUCGCCUGCACACUGCUGUUUCUGAUAGGGGUGGCCGGGAAUGUUAUGACCAUUUUGGUGGUCAGCAAGUACCGGGACAUGCGCACGACCACCAAUCUGUACCUGUGCAGCAUGGCGGUAUCAGAUCUACUCAUUUUCCUUUGCAUGCCACUUGACCUCUACCGCAUGUGGAGAUACAGGCCCUGGCGCUUUGGAGACGCGCUCUGCAAACUCUUUCAGUUUGUGUCUGAAUCAAGCACUUACUCCACCAUCCUCAGCAUCACCGCCCUGUCAGUUGAGCGCUACCUGGCGAUCUGUUUCCCAUUGCGCGCCAAGGCUCUGGUAACCAAAAGGCGCGUACGAGCCUUGAUUUGUCUGUUAUGGACAGUGUCCCUUUUGAGCGCAGGCCCUGUGUUUGUCAUGGUGGGAGUAGAGCAGGACACCAUGGGGCCACUAAACUUCAGUUCGUGGAUGAAUGAGUCUAACUUAUUCCUGGAGGCUGAGGACACCCGAGAGUGUAAGAUGACGCACUAUGCUGUGCAAUCCGGUCUGAUGGGGGCCAUGGUGUGGCUGAGCUCCGUUUUCUUCUUCAUGCCCGUGUUCUGUCUGACAGUGCUCUACGGCCUGAUAGGCCGUCGGCUGUGGCAAAGGCACCGUGAGACGAACAUGAGCAACCGCGUGUCUCACAGGGACAAGAGCAACAGGCAGACCAUAAAGAUGCUGGUGGUUGUUGUGCUGGCCUUUGUCCUGUGUUGGUUGCCUUUCCAUGUGGGUCGCUACUUGCAGUUCCGCUCUCUGGAUGCUCCUUCCCCGUUGCUGUCGUUGUUAUCCGAGUACUGUAGCUUGGUGUCAGUGGUUCUCUUUUACUUGAGCGCUGCCAUCAAUCCCAUCCUCUAUAACACCAUGUCGUGGAAAUACCGGGGUGCAGCGGCGCGCCUCUUCGGCCUGACCGACAGCCUGCCGCCACGGGGUCGCACAGCGAGCACUGUGAAGGGAGAUGGCUCAAACGGCUGGACAGAGUCUACAAUCAGCUUUUGAAUGCAUGGCCUAAAUGGCUGGCGUAAUGAAUAAAGCUAUUAGUCGUGGAUCUACAUUACUCACGUAAAGGCCAUAAUUUCUG